AUGACAUACUUUGUGAAAUCGAUCACGUAUUUCGCCCAAAUUGGGACGAUUUCUGCUGCUGCGCUACUGCUGCUCAGUCAACAGCAUCCUGCUGAUUUGGCAGGCAGAAACAGAGAGAGCGCGCGCCCAGUUGCUCAGCAGCAGCAGUACUCGAUGCCGCUCAGUCAGUCAGUUAGUCAGUUAAUCGAAAAUGCGCGCCGUCGAGGCGCUCUGUGUCUCUGCUGCCAGUCUUCUGCCCUUCUGUCCAUCCGGACGACACAGAAACGAGAAAUUGGAAGGCUCGAGAUGCGCUCCUUCGCCUUGGCCUGUCGCGCUUCUCUUUCGUCGCCGUCGCUGUCGUCGUCGGGGUCCGUCAAUUGGACUCGCCAUCCCGCCGCCAUCUGA